CCAAAUCAAACAUCAAAUUGCGAGGAAGACAAUGGCUUCUAAGGAAUUUUUAUGCUUUCUUUUCGUCUGUUUCUUUAUCUUGGGAAGUGCUACCUGCUGUACCUGGGAAAGCGAUUGUUCCUCUAGUGAGUCCUGUUGUACAGAUGGAGUCUGUAGAGAGAGAUGUUACUACUGUUCGUCCGACAGCGAGUGUGGGACGAACGAACAAUGCUGUGAUAACAAAUGCAUCAGUAGUUUGUCCACUUGUUCCUGUUCGUCCACCUACGAUUGUGGCAUUGGUGAGCAGUGCUGUAGUAGCACAUGCAUCAGUAGUUCGUCUUCUUGUUACUGUACGUACGACUCCGAUUGUGACAUUGGAGAGGAUUGUUGUGGGGGAGUUUGUUCGUCAUCAUACUGUGGUUGGAGCGGCGGAGCUAUUGCAGGCGCUAUUAUCAGCACAAUUAUUUUCUUCGCAAUCAUCAUUUCCAUUGUGUCUUGUCUCUGCUGUGCUUGUUGCCCCUACUACCGCUAUCGUACACCCGGUACUGUGAUCGUCACCGGCCAACAGCCACAACAGAUCGUCUCAACUCAUACACAAAUGUCUACGCAACAAGUACAUCCUCCUCCGCCGGUGAACUACAAUCAGCCUCCUCCAGCUGGUUACAACCCGCCUCCUCAAGGCUUUAAUCAGGCUCCUCCGCCUUACCCGAGCUAUCCACCGCCAUCAAACCAAUAUCCUCCACCGCUGGGACAAGCUCAAGCGGCGCCGAUGCCGGCUGCAAUAAACGCUGGACAACCGAACAAGUACUAAUAAAAGUAACCUGAGAGGUAUCUUCUCUAAACAGAACUGUUUCGAUGAAAUAAAUAUCCUUCUGUUUAAUUUCCACUUACAUAAAUGCAACCGUAGUCGAGUUACUGAAUGUUAUGUUAGUAUUUUUUUUAGGGAUAGUUUCAAACGUUUUAAUUAAGGAGUACGUGAAGUAUAGAAUGAUCAGUACGCUGUGUAUUUCCACUUUUCUUUCGUUGUUCAAACAAAAACAAAAAGUAGACACAAAUUUCACGCGGAGAUAGAUAAGUCCGGCCAUUUUCAUAAAUUUUUCAGAAUGAAUAUUGUAUUCUUAGAAAUGUAGUUUUACUUAACUGUCAUAUUUAACUCAGUCUAUGCUUCCAUCGACAGUUUUCAAUCUAUUUUCGCUUUUGAAAUUUUCAAGAUUGCGAAUGUCUAUCGUGUCGUAUAGCCGUCAAAUUGAUCAUCUGGGUAAAAGAAUUAAACAGUUUAAUUUUUUUUCCAUUGGCUAGGUUGUUGUUACUACAUUUAAGCUGCUACCUUAUUUAUAGACGUUAGAAAUUUGAUUCCGCUUUAGCGAGGUUUGUCGCUUUUUCAUUUUCUACUUUCAGCUAAUCUAAUCUUCAGCAGAUCCUUCGAUAGCAUAUGUUAUGUCGAUGUCGAGCAGUAUUUACUUGUGUGUGUUGUCGCAGUGUUUUUUUAAUAAUAAAUUUAUGUUAAUCAG